AUGUCGUCACAGGCGCUUGCGGCUUGGGUCGAGCGUAGCGAGUUCGGCGCGGCUGCCGGAGUUACCAUCGACUCGCGCGAGUAUCUGAGACGGCUGAUGGAGGAGUACGACAUUAAAAUCAUCAAGAGCGAUUUAGUCCUCCAGGGGGCUUCUUUGGCCUUUAAGAUGGUACACGGAGGCCCUCAGCCAGCCCUAUAUGGGCAUUACCUUUGGAGUUGA